UGGCUUACGGCUGAGACCCGGGGCUUGGGAAGUGAUUUAGAUUCCAAGUCACUUCGCUGUGAGGAUGCCACUGAGAGCAAGGAGGGGCAAGAUUAAGAUUCAGUUUCCUUCACAAGGGCCUUUUGUGCUCCCAGAAGCCUCCCUUCUCUGGUGUAUGGAGGGGGAGACAACUUUUCUGGUCAAUUAGUGAGACGAGAGGUGACUCUGCGAGCACCCUUUGGCAUCCUUGGCCAACAAGUGCGCCUCCCGCAGCCCCCCGGGCCCACCUGUGCCUCCCUUACUCGGGGCCCUCUUGCGCCCGCCUCUAGGCAGCUGCCCCUCCCCCGAGGCGUGGCCCCUCGGUCCCCGGGUGGAGAGGAUAGCGGCAGCCGGGGGCCAACCCGCUCCUUCCUUCCUUCUCUCCCGCCCUGGCUCCCGCCCGCCGGCUCCGGGACCGCAGCCACGUCUGAAAGCGCCUCAUUGUGUGCGCUCAGCUCCGGUAGGCAGCGCGGAGCAGCGCAGUGGGCCGCGGCUGCAGCGCAGGUAGCGCAGGGCGCCGGGCUCUGGGUCAGGAGCGCCGGAGUUUGUUUCUUGCCGUUGCCCCAGGAUUGCUCCCCGCCGCCCCCAGCAUCCCAUUCUUACGACGCCUCUCUUUUUUUAGGGGGCUCCUGCCCUGUUCUCAGGUUCCCUCUGCUUUGGGUCUCCAGGUGUCUCCAAUAUCUUGGUAUCCGCUGACCCCCGUCUAUGCCUCUUAGAGCCCCCACCCCGGUGUCACUGGGUGCCCCUUAAUAGCCUUGGGACCCUAACGAACAAAUCAGCCUCUGUGGACUCUCCCAGUGAAGAGACAGAGCCGGCGGUGGAGUGGAACUUGGAAGAGACGACGUCAAGGAGCCUUUGCUGAGCCUCGGGAGAGGGGUGUCUGCCUCCCGGCGGCGCCGGGUCCGGCAGGGACGCCAAGCUUUGCGGUAACGAACACCUUGGUAUAGGGUCAAGAUCCUCCCUACCCAGGAGAGGGCUGGGCUGGCCAGGGAAGCUGUGUUUGGACCAAACAUCAGGGUCCUGUGAUCUGCAGGGAUCUCCCAGGGAUGGAAGAGGACAGCAGCCUGUGAUGGACCCUGAGGACCCUCCAGACAUCUCCCAUGGAUUUGUGAUUGGGGCGGGCAGCUCUCCCAGCAGUCCAGGACAGAGGUCCCUGGCCGGCGGCAUGUGGCUGUCGCGCUUCUCCAGCACUGUGGUGACCGCGCUCCUGCUGGCGCAGUCUGGCCUCCUGCUCUUCCUGGUCUCCCGGCCCAGGACGCUGUCCCCAGUGGGUAGCGAGGAGCGGGUGCACGUACUGGUGCUGUCCUCGUGGCGUUCAGGCUCGUCCUUCGUGGGCCAGCUCUUCAGCCAGCACCCCGAUGUCUUCUACCUGAUGGAACCUGGGUGGCACGUGUGGACCGCCCUCUCGCAGGGCAGCGCGCCCGCGCUGCACAUGGCCGUGCGCGACCUGGUGCGCUCCGUCUUCCUGUGCGACAUGGACGUGUUCGAUGCCUAUCUGCCGUGGCGUCGCAACCUGUCGGACCUCUUCCAGUCGGCGGUGAGCCGCGCGCUGUGCUCGCCGCCGGCCUGCAGCGCCUUCCCGCGCGGCGCUAUCAGCAGCGAGGCCGUGUGCAAACCGCUGUGCGCGCGGCGGCCCUUCGGCGUGGCCCAGGAGGCCUGCCGCUCCUACAGCCACGUGGUGAUCAAGGAGGUACGCUUUUUCAACCUGCAGGUGCUCUACCCGCUGCUCAACGACCCGGCGCUCAACCUGCGCAUCGUGCACCUGGUGCGCGACCCGCGGGCGGUGCUGCGCUCGCGCGAGCAGACAGCCAAAGCCCUGGCGCGCGACAACGGCAUCGUGCUGGGCACCAACGGCACGUGGGUGGAGGCUGAUCCCGGCCUGCGCGUGGUGAGCGAGGUGUGCCGCAGCCACGUGCGCAUCGCUGAGGCCGCCACGCGCAAGCCGCCGCCCUUCCUGCGCGACCGCUACCGCCUAGUGCGCUUCGAGGACCUGGCGCGGGCGCCGCUGUCCGAGAUCCGUGCGCUCUAUGACUUCGCGGGCCUGAGCCUCACGCCCCAGCUCGAGGCCUGGAUCCACAACAUCACUCACGGGUCCGGGCCCGGCGCGCGCCGCGAGGCCUUCAAGACCACGUCCCGGGACGCGCUCAACGUCUCCCAGGCCUGGCGCCACGCUCUGCCCUUCACCAAGAUCCGCCGCGUGCAGGAGCUGUGUGCCGGCGCGCUGCAGCUGCUGGGCUACCGGCCCGUGUUCUCCGAGAAAGAACAGCGCAACCUCGCCCUGGAUCUGGUGCUGCCGCGCGGCCGGAGCAGCUUCAGCUGGGCGUCGUCCACCGCCGCGCACCCUGGGCCUUAGCGGAGGCCCCAAGUUGUGGCGGUCGCCAGGGCCGGGAGGCUAGUGUAUGGUGGAGAGGGAGCUGGGGCACGUGGGUGCAGGGGCCGCAGACAGCUACCGGAGGGGCCGGAGUUGGGGAGUCCUCCCCUUUAGUAGGAAAGGACUGAGUCCCCAAACUACAUGUUUCUAUUUCCCCACUUCUUGACUUUCCUUUGAGUCCUCUUUAGGAGCUGAGUUCCCAUCAGAUACACUUUAUGGAAAGCAAAAUUCGUGCUUCCAUUUCUUCUUGGCACAGGGAAUAAGUUCAGACGACUCGGUUCCUACUCGAGCACUUUCUUUCCCCUUAACCCUCUCCUCCUUUGGGAUGCGUCAUCCAGCAGCUGAGAAGGGUGGCCUGGUCCUGCCUGAGAGUGGAGGGGCAGUACGGUGAGCUUCUGUGUGUCUCCUCCGGUACCCCGCCUACACACACAUACCCCCCCCCCCCCCGACUCCAUUCCCCCCAUGCAUCUGGCACCACACUCCAUCAAAUCUAUUGGCGGUUAUAUUCACCUGUAUCGUCAGAAAGAAAUCAGACAAGAUUUCUCUUAUUUUGUGAUCUCUCUUAGCCACUCUCUGCCCCAUCUUCCAGGAGCCCACAUGCCCCCAUCACUUGCCCAGGUAAGGUGAGCCUUUGAUUUGUCCUAAUAGGAAAGAUCCUACCUACAGAAAUAAACAUAAUAAUUAACCUGUGUGAUACAGAUUAGAGUUUAUAGCCUGUAAAGUUUGACAAGCGAAACACAGACUUGUCCAAGGUUACAACAUGAGAAGGAGUAUGAAGGGAGGAGGGAGCUUUUGCUCUGGGGCUGCAGUGGGGAGAAGAGGAUGAAUCAGGCUUGCAGAGACCUGUCUUAUGGACAAGAAGGGCCACAUUUCCCCCUCUUAUUUGCCCUAGGGAAGAGCAAGCUGCCAUGGCUGGGGCCACAGCUGUGGGAUUCAGGAAGUGGUGAGUUCUGGGCCCAGAGUGCAGAACCUGGAGAGCCUCCUAGAUGAGCCUGGAGGGAGGCAGUGAGGAGGAAAGGUGGAGGGAGAGAAGGCUUGGGAGGCCUGGGCAGCAAGCCAGGCAGAACGUGUGGCUGAGCAAGAGGUUGGCAGCAGGAUCAGUGCCUAGAGGGCAGGUCACAGGGUGAAUGUAAUUAAAUCAGGCUUGCUAUGAGCUUGGGAAAAAAACAGCUCUGGGGUGAUUGUCUUCCCUUGGUCCUUCCAGGCCAGGCCCCGGAGGAGAGCAGAGUAAGAGUCCUAACUGCAGACCACAACCCCUAGCUCUGGCAGCAAAGAGACUUAUUAAAGAGAUACUCGAUGUGUAGAGGGCUUGAUCCUGAGCUCAGGAAAUGAGAGCCAGCAAGUGCUCAGUACAUGUUUCAAAGAAAAAAACAAAAAACUUCACAGAACCUCUAGGAAGGACAGGGAAGCAGAUCUGAGUCUGUACAAACAGAAUACCCCAAGUCCCAUUGGGGCACAAAGUUGGUCUGGGGACUGAUGCUUGCCACCAGAACUUCUGUGCCCAUUACCUCUGGAAACGAGGGAGCUGCCCUCACUGUUGCCAUCAGUUGCCAGAAGGGAUUCUGGAGGUUGCUAGUCUCUGAGUCUCCGCCUGAGUGUGGCCUUAGAUUGAUGGAACCUGGACUGUGGACCCACAUCCUCGCUGCAAAGCAGGAGGAGCAAGGGAGAUCUGGCAUUUUCUGCUGCUUUUCUUGCAUGGAGAAGAGGUAUAUUGACCUUGAAGCUGAAGCUUCAGGACGCCUCAUUUGAGGAUCUGCCAAGAUGUAGAAGCUUCAGGCCCCAUAAAACCUCAGUCUGCCCAUGCUCAUAAUAGCAUGGGGAAGAUAUUUAAAACCCAAAAUUUGUUAACAGGGACUCUGCAGCUUAGAAAGGCUCAGGUCAUAUCACUUAAUAUAUGGGCUAGGACUUGAACUGAUAUCUUUGACUUCAACACUUACGGUUCUAACAAGUAAAGUGAACUGGGGAUGUAGCAAAGGACCCCACCAAAGGCUUGGGAAGCCCGAUCAUUUUACCCUAGUGAUGACAUGGGUCUCUGGGUGUCAGGGAGCCAUCCUGGCAUUUGGCUGCAAACAUCUCAAGAACCAGAAUGUUGAAAGGUAUAGUGGGCAGUUGGCUGAGGUGUUGGGCCCCUGCCGCUUGCCUCUUUCCUCUCUGCAUUCCCCUCUCUGUCUUCCACCCUGUGCUGGCCACUGGGGACAAAAGCAGCCUGCUUUGGAAGAAGUGCUCGGUCAAGUGGAGGGGUCCAGCCAGGAGCAGUCCCGGGCAGUGUGGUGUGUUCAGGCAAAGAAGGAUGAGCAAGAGGUUCUGGGGCCAGAGGCUAAGAAUGAGGAGACACUGAUCUCCAGUGGGGUCCAGGAAGGCUUUUUUGGGGGCCUCAGAGCCCAGCCUGAUAGUGGCAUCCCACAAGUUUCAUUUGCCCUGCUCAGGUCACAAAUUGUAUUGAUGGCCACAAUUAAUGGCCUUUGCUGUGUGAUUUACCCAUUCUCAUUUGACUCCGGGGGUCCCAGGCACAGGGAUGACAGGCUCCUAGACUUUACUCCCUGCAUAUGGGACACUCUAGGCAAGCCUCUGGGUGAGUUCCCUGGUAAAUGGGUUCCAAGCAAGCCUCAGGUGAACUCAGAUGAGGUUUCAGGACAAAAACAGGUAGUAGCCAGUUUAGUGCUUCAAUGAGUCAGGCCUGUGCCGGGCCCUGGGACAUAGUGGUGGACAAAGCAGUCACAGCCCUUGCUCUUGCUCUUGCGGGGAGUGCAGACUCUAAAUAAAUAGUCCUACAGAUAAACAUGUAACCAUAAAUGUCAACUGUGCUCUAAGAAGAAACAAUAAGAAUGGGUAGAGGGCAACCUACUUUAGAAUGGGGAGUCAGGAAGACCUCUUCGAAGAGGAAACAUUUGGUUUGAAUAAAUGAAGGGUGAAUAGGAGUUAAUCAAGCAUGGGAUGAAGAAACAGAGGCAGAGAGAGACUGAGGGAUUGGUCCCUUGGAAUCAAGGUUCCCUGACAAAAUAAAAGACUCCCUCCUGGGAAUCCGGGCUCAUGAGCUGGGAGAAGCCCCCAGGAGACGACCGAGUUUGUGUGUCUAUAGUAAAGUUUCCCAGAAGUAGACCUGCUGGUUCAAAGAGCAUUAUUUUUUUAAAUGUGAAAUUGCCAAAUUACUCUAAAAAUGGAGGACCAACUUAUACUCUCUGGAACAAUGUCAAGAAUUCCCUUGUCACCCUCUCCUACCAACUACUCCCACCCUACCACCAUCAGCUAUACAGGGUCAAAUCAAUCAUUUUCAUUUUUACCUACAUGAUAGAAUAUUAUUCAGUGCUAAAAAGAAAUGAGCUAUCAAGCCAUGAAAAGUCAUGGAGGAAACUGAAAUGCAUA